AUGCCGGCGACAAUGACUUCGGCCAGAUUCAGUGGCAGAGAUUCUCUCCAACCUCAACCUCGACGCCGGAAUCUCUACCUCCUUUCACCGGAUCAAAUUGCAUUGACAAAGAUGUUGUUGGAGAUGGGGCAGAGCCAUUUGUUUCAGCAUUGGUCAGGGCCUGGCGUGGAGGACAACCAAAAGAAAGCCUUUUUUCACUCAGGGGGUUUCGCAUCCGACGUUAAAACCGCUAGGGAGCUCUUAGCGGACUCUAAAGCAGGGAAGAACCCAUAUGAUGGCUUCCCACCUUCGGUUCCAAUUGGAGAAAUUCUCUCUUUUGGUGAUGAUAAUUUCAUCAAAUUUGAGGAGGCAGGCAUCAAAGAAGCCCAAAUUGCUGCAUUUGUUCUUGUUGCAGGUGGGCUUGGUGCAGGUCUUGGAUACAAUGGAAUUAAGGAAAAUGUUGCAUGCUUAGAUGAUAAUGAUGCUAAGCUUGCUUUGGACCCUCAUAACAAAUACAAAAUUGAGGCAAUUCCAGAACCACUGAGAGUCAGUGCAACUAAACAAUACCAUGUCAACUCUCUUGCUACUCAACAGAAAGCCAAAGAAGUCAUUGGAGGAAUUACUAGACUCAUUCAUAGUGAUGGGAGAUCGACGGUGAUCAAUGUGGAACACAAUCAUCUUGAUCCUCUGCUUAGAGCCUCCGGACAUCCUGAUGGAGAUGAGCUUGGUCCAUACAUUGAGGAGCUCACAAAAACAGGAGGUGCUAUUAAGGAAUUUGUUAACCCCAAGUAA